AUGUCGAACAUCGAGCAGAAGCCUUAUGUGCCGGCAAAGACCCUGCCCACCGAUUAUCCUCUCAUUGACAGUGAUCCACAUAUCAAACGAGUACUCAAAUAUGCCCGCCCAUCCGACUACGUAGCCGGCGCAGUCACCGCAGCAUUCGGCCCCGCUGCCAUGCUCACGAUGGAGAAGCUGCAACCUUCACUCGUAGGCAAGGGUGGAUUUGCGCCUAUCAUGCGACUAACGGGAGCGCUGGGUUUGAGCGCUGGAUUCCUAUUCUUCUACCAACGCUCAGUCUUACGCUUCUACGGCUUCACGGAAAACCGCCGCGAGUUAGAAAUGGAUAUGCGGGAAAUGGUUACGAAAGUAAAGGCGGGCGAGCCUCUGUACGGCACAUCUACCCUGACGCCGUAUAUGCAAGGCAUGGCGUCCCGGAACUCGCGAUAUGCGGGAUUGUUCCUGCAUGUUAUCCCGUGGUUCAAUUUUGUGAAUCAUAAUCACCAUGGUGUGGAUACGGCCAAGUAUUAUCAGGCGGCUGAGAGGGAGUUGGAGGAGGAGAGGAAGAAGACCGAUGGUUGA